GUUUAGACUAAAAACCCCCCUUUUUCUCAACCAAAGCUUAACCAGGCAUCUUAUCCCGUAAAUCCAAUGCGAACCGAAAGGCAUCGGCUGUCUCAAUCUCCACCAAGACGAACGAAAAGCCACUGCGGGUCUCGAAUUACAUCUCUUUCAACCUCCGACAUUGACCAAAUAAUUUUUCAAAGCAAGGACCAAGUUUUGUCUUCAACAUUAUCAGCAAAAGGUCGUUGUUUGUAUUAUGGAAAUGCCCGUGGUUUGGAUAGACCUAGACAGACUCAAACAAGGUUGGAUUCAGUUAACCCAGAAUUUAGAUCAGGCCGCCUAGGACUCUUCAUUUUUCUUUGUAGGUGACAAAUAUAAUAUUCUCUCCUUUUUAGGUGGCUUGGCUGGUAAAUGUUUUAUCCCCUUGCUUUUUAGGAUUUUUCUUGGUCUUGUUGGAUUGUCUAUGGACUAUAUAUAUCUUUCUGAUUGUUGAAUUUGAAUCAGAGAAAGAAAACAAACUAAGCAGCUAAGAUUUAUAUAGAGUGAGAGAUGGCAAAACAUGAAGCAUUUCCAAUGAAUGGUGGAUCUGGCUUGUAUAGCUACACCAGAAACUCCACCUUUCAGAGAAAAGAUACAGAGUCUGCUAUAGAACUUAUAAACAAGGGAAUUGCUGAGAAACUUGAUCUCAACAACAUUUCCUCCUCAUCAAACACCUUUAGAUUGGCUGAUUUGGGGUGCUCAGUUGGACCCAAUACAUUCUUAGCAGUGCAAAACAUAGUUGAUUCUGUGGAGGACAAGUACAAAAGCCAAGGACUUAGUCAUCUUCUUCCUGAGUUCCAAGUCUUCUUUAAUGAUCAUAUCUCCAAUGAUUUCAACCAGCUUUUCUCAUCCCUUCCUCCUGAGAGAAGAUACUAUGCAAGCGGUGUACCGGGUUCUUUCCAUGGUCGCUUGUUUCCAAGUUCCUCUCUACACUUUGUCUAUUCUUCCAAUGCUGUCCAUUGGCUUUCUAGAGUGCCUAAAGAGGUGUUGGAUAAAAACAGCCCUGCUUGGAACAAAGGGAGGAUCCAAUACUCAAAUUCUCCACUUGAAGUUGUAAAAUCUUAUGAAGCUCAAUAUUUCAAGGAUAUGGAGAGGUUUCUAACUGCAAGAUCUCAAGAAAUUGUCCAUGGAGGAUUAAUGGCCCUUCUAGUGCCAGCUUGCCCCAAUGAAACUCCCCAUUCUGAACUAUUUUUCAACGAGGCUCUGGCACUGCUUGGGUCUUGCGUCAUAGAAUUGGCCAAAAAGAGUAUGAUAAGUGAAGAGAAAGUUGAUUCCUUCAACUUACCAUUAUACUAUGCACCUUUCCAGCAAUUAGAAGCAAUUGUGGACCAAAAUGGAUAUUUCAGCAUAGAAAUAAUGGAGAGCCUAACCAAGGAAAGACCACCAUCUAAACUCUUCUCCUCUGUACUUAGAGCUGGUCUUGAAGGAUUGAUAAAGCAACAUUUUGGAGAUGAGAUUGACUUGGACAAGCUUUUUGAUUUGUAUUACCAGAAAUUUGAAGAAAUAUCUUCUACCAAUGAACCUAAUAAACCAAUUGUUCUAUUUCUUUUACUCAAACGUAAGGAGCAAAGUGAUUAGAAAAUGCUGUUUUAUAGGCUUGGUUUGCUCGAUAGGAAAUGAUGCUACACAACUUGUUCCUAGUUCCUUCUUCAUCUCCAGCACGAGAUGCGGGGCUUAUUUGGAUUUUCAUAAUAUGGAUGCUGUAACAAAUGCUUCUGCUUAAUUACUCUAAUAUGCUUUCCUUGAGUUGAUAUCAA